ACUUCUCACCCUACACAUUGACCAACCACCGCUCCGUUCCAUCUUCUCGCUCACCACUAAACCUCCUUCUUUCCCCCUCCACCUACUACUUUUCAUUCCCCCGCACGCGUCGCAACAUCGUCUCCACCGAGCAUGGCAGGCGGCGACCACGAAGGGGAGGGCGCGGCGGUGCCGGCAGCGAGCAAGGGAUCAUGGGCAUCGUUCUUGAAGCAACUCGCCUCCUUCGAUGGCGAUCUGUCGCGCCUCACCGCCCCGGCCUUUAUCCUGUCCAACACCUCCCUCACCGAGUUCUCCGCCUACUGGGCCGAAAUGCCGCGCCUACUCACCGCGCCGGCGAAGGAGAAGGAUGCGGAGAAGCGCAUGGUGCUGGUGCUGAAGUGGUUCUUGAGCACACUCAAGCAGCAGUACGCCAGUCGGAACGAGCGUCUUGGAUCCGAGAAAAAGCCGCUCAAUCCCUUCCUGGGCGAGCUGCACCUGGGACAAUGGGAGGACAAAGAGGGAACCACGCACCUGGUCAGCGAGCAAGUCUCCCACCACCCUCCCGUAACCGCAUACGCCAUCUGGAACGACGAGAAAGGCGUGCAGCUCGAAGGCUACAACGCGCAGAAAGCCAGUUUCGGCCGCACCAUCAACAUCCGCCAGGUCGGCCACGCCCUGCUCCACCUCAAGGAAUUCGACGAACACUACCUCAUCACCCUCCCAGCCCUCUACACCGUCGGCCUGAUCACCGGCUCGCCGUAUAUGGAGUUGAGCAAUUCCAGCUACAUCGUCUCCUCGUCAGGCUACACCGCGCGCAUCGACUACUCCGGAAAGGGCUACUUCUCCGGCACGCGCAACAGCUUCACCGCCUCCAUCUACCCCUCCACCGGCGGCAGCAAGACCAGCCCCCUCUACACCGCCGAAGGCGUCUGGACCAAUUCCUUCACCAUCAAAGACGCCAACAAAAAGACCAUCGACACCUACGACGCCAAGGCCGAGCCCAAAACCCCGUUGAAAGUCGCGCCAGUCGCCGAGCAAGAUCCGCUGGAAUCGCGUCGCGCGUGGGCCAAAGUCGCCGCCGCGAUCGAGAAGGGCGACCUCAACACUACUGCAGCGGAGAAGAGCGUGAUCGAAGAGCAACAGCGCGCUCUACGGAAGAAGGAAAAGGCAGAAGGCAAAGAGUGGGACGGCAGGUUCUUCUCGCGCACCAACAAGGCGCCCAAGUUGGACGCGCUGAUCAAGGAGGUGCCGCACGGCUCGCUCGACAAGGAUCAGACGGAUGGCAUUUGGGAGUUUGACGCGGCCAAGGCGAAGAAUGCGAAGAAGCCGUACAGUCGGUUAAGCGCGGAGCUGGAGGAGAAGGGCUGGAGAGGAUGGAGUGGUUGAUGUGCAUUGUUUUGAUCCGAUACUAGUUGAUACCUUAUGAUGUGAUGCGAUUGUAUGAUACCUAUGCUGAAUCUGAGAAAAACGAGCAUUACACGGGC